AUGUCCCGAUUUUUCCGUGCGCAGGGCGAUUCGGACUCCGAGAGCGAGUCGUCGUCGUCCGAGGAGGAGCUCCUCAUGUCCGACGACGACGACGCGCCGGCAAAACCCGCGCCCGGCGCGGCGCCCGCGAAAGUGCCGAUGUCGCGGUUCUUGAAGACGGCGGGCGGGUCGAGCUCGUCGUCGUCGGACGACAGCGACGAGGACGAGGAGAGCGAUGACGAUGAGGACGAGGCGCCGAAGAAGAGCGGCAUGGGCCGGUUCAGGAAGGACGCGAGCGAUGAUGAGGAUAGCGAUGAGGAUGUUAAAAAGGUCGUUAAAUCCGCGAGGGAUAAGCGGAUCGACGAGAUGGAGGCUACCGGAAAAUCGGUCGACAAUGCGCUCAAGAUCAACGACUGGACGGCCGUUCAGAACGAGUUUGACAAGUUGACGCGCAUGGUCCAGCGCCAACAGAACAUGUCCGAGCCACUCCCGUCGUACUUCAUCAAGCAGGUGCUCUCGCUCGAGACGUCGGUCAACGAUGCGCAGGCGAAGGAGAAGGAGUCCAAGAAGAAGAUGAACGCGCUCAACGCACGUGCCCUUACUGCGAUGAAGCAGAAGGUCAAAAAGGCUCAGAAGGAGUAUGAGAAGGAGUUCAAGGCCUACCAGGCCGACCCCGAGGCGUUCGAGCGCGAGUACAACGCCGCCGUCGCGCCUGAGGUCGCGGCGCCUAAGCCUAAGAAGGCGGCAGCCCGGGCCGCGGCUGCCGAUGAGGAAGAGGGCGAGGACGAUGGAUUCGAGACCGUCGGCAAGGGCGGCAAAGCAAACGUCUACUCUGCCGAGGGCAUCCUCAAGAACCUCGCCGCCAUCCAAGAGGCCCGUGGUAAAAAGAACACCGACCGCGCAGACCAGAUCCGCGUACUCGAAAAGCUGCUCGCCGUCGCCGCAACGCCCUACCAGCGCAUCCGCGUUCUCCUCGCCCUCGUCGCCUCCCGCUUCGACUACAACGCCUCUCUAUCCUCCUACAUGCCCGUCGAACUCUGGACCAAAGCCCAACACGAGAUCGACCAGCUCAUCCAGAUCCUCGCCUCCGACUCCGCCUACAUCGUCCAGGAGUCCGUCGCGGACUACGACGAGCAGCUCGAGCGCUCGCCCGAGACCGAGACGGGCGGCAUCGUCAAGAUCCGCGGAAGCGUCAUCAGCUUUAUCGAUAGGCUCGACGACGAGUUUACGCGGAGUCUGCAGAACAUCGAUCCGCAUGGGACGGAGUACGUGGAUAGGCUCAAGGACGAGAAGGGGCUUUACUGCACCAUCUGCCGCGCCCAGGCCUUGUGCGAACGCCGUGGGCAGGUCGACCCUCUCGCCCGUGUGGUCAUGCGCCGUAUCGAGCAUAUCUACUCCAAGCCCGACGCCGUUCUCACGGCGCUCGAAGCCGCAGCCGCCGCCAGCGCCGAGGACCAGCUCCCCAAAGCCACCCUCGCCGGCUCAGGCAGCCCGCAAGCGCUCGUGCACGCGCUCUGCGUGCACCUCUACCAGUCCGGCAACAUCCUCCUCCGCACGCGCGCCAUGCUCAGCCACAUCUACCACCACGCGCUGCACAACGACUUCCACACGGCGCGCGACAUGCUGCUCAUGUCGCACCUGCAGGAGACGAUCCACAGCGCGGACGUGGCGACGCAGAUCCUGUACAACCGCGCGGUCGUGCAGCUCGGGCUCGCGGCGUUCCGCGUGGGGCUGAUCAAGGAGGCGCAGGCGACGCUGCACGAUAUAUUCGCGAGCCAGCGCGUGAAGGAGCUGCUCGCGCAGGGCGUGCAGAAUCAGAAGUUCCACACGCUGACGCCGGAGCAGGAGCGGGCGGAGAGGGCGCGGCAGCUGCCGUUCCAUAUGCAUGUGAACACGGAGUUGUUGGAGGCGGCGUUUUUGGUGGCGUCUAUGCUCGUCGAGAUUCCGAAGCUUGCGAGUAUUGAGAGCGAGGACGAGCGCAGGAGGACGGUUAGCAAGCCGUUUAGGCGGUUGUUGGACUUUGCGGAUCGCCAGGUGUUCACGGGUCCGCCGGAGAGCACGCGGGACCAUAUUAUGCAGGCCGCGAAAGCGCUGCAGGCGGGCAAAUGGAGCGAGUGCCGCGAUCUGGUCAACAGCAUCGAGAUCUGGAACCUGAUGCCCGGUUCCGAGGGCGUCAAGGAGAUGCUCGCGGCGCGGAUCCAGGAGGAGGGCCUCCGGACGUACCUCUUCACGUUCGCGCCGCACUACUCGACGCUCAGUCUCGCGCUGCUCGCCAGCACGUUCGACCUGGACACGAAGAAGGUCGUCGCGAUCGCGAGCCGGAUGAUCUGGAACGAGGAGCUCGCUGCGUCUAUUGAUACGGGCAAGAACGUGUUGGUGUUCCAUCGGGUUGAAUUGCAGAGGGCGCAGAGUCUGGCGGUUGCGCUCGCGGAGAGGGUGGGCGCGCUCGCGGAUAGUAAUGAGAAGGCGCUGGAUGUUAGGACGGGGAAUUGGGGGGAGAAGGGGAAGGAGAGGGGCGAGAGGGGCGAGGGG